AUGGUGCUGCAUCCUUCUUUAUUUUCUUUGCUCAAAAAAAAUUUUUAUUUAGCUGUGUCAGUGAGAUCAUAUUGCUUCCCAAAAGACCAUUAUUUAUAUUUGAUGUCUGUGGUUCUUGAUUGCGUACCAGAUGCUAGUUACGAGCCAUCUGAGGCGGAGCUCCUAGAGUAUGGCAAGUGGCUCGGCAUGAAAUUUCCUGAAGAUAAACCUUUUCUUUGGAUUGCAAGGGAAGGUUUGAAAGCUCCUUUACCUGAAAAUUGGAAGGCCUGCAGGAGCGAAAAAGGGGACUUGUACUACUUCAACUUCAAGACUGGUGAGAGCAACUGGGACCAUCCGCUAGACAAGCAAUUUAAGGAGCUACUUCAAAGCGAAAAAGAGAAUCCCAGUCCGCAAAGUAUUGCUAAAGGAGCAAAAAGAUUGACCAUUGAGAUUGAUAACGCGGCGGAAACUGUUACAGAACAGACUGAAACAAAGGAAAGUUGCUUAUCUUCAUCCAGAGGCAAAUCGAGAAUACAGAAACUGAAAACGCUCAAGUUGAAGAAGGAACUACCAGACAAUCUUCGUCUUAAGCCAAUUGCAAGGGUUAACUCUGGUUAUGAUACUAGUGAGCGUGGCUCAGAACCGGUUGGAGUGGGGAAAAGAACAGGUUCUAAGGCGUGCUCCAUAUUAAAACAGAAUAUAGAAAAAUUAUCCACUGAAAGAUCUGAGGAAUCUUUGAGUUCUGAAAAGGUGACUUUUGAAGCGGAUUUGAAUGAUGAAUUAAGGCAUUUUCAAAGUGAAAAACUAAGAGAACAUCAGGCUGCAAAAGAUGAAUAUGAGAUGAAACUGAAAGAUUCCUGGAAACGUUAUCAGAAACUGCAAACCGAGGAAUAUGAAAAAAAGAUGAACAGUUACAAAGAUGAAUUAGAGAAAAAGUUAUUUGAGGAAAAGAACAAUUUAGAGGAGAAUUAUAGCACGAGUGUUCAGAAGUUUGGUAAAGAAGUUGCGGCCCGUGUGGAGUUAGAGGCAAAGCAGAUGCGCCAUUAUUUGAGCGAGAAAUACGAAAAAGAAAAGAGUGAUAUUGAAAAAGGCUGGCAAGAAGAAUUGGAGAAUUUCAGAAGAAGCAAUGAUUUGGAAUUAGAUAGACUGCGUGCUUCAAACUCUCAAAGUGUAGCAGAAUUGAAGCAAGUUACAGACGAACUUUGGGAAAAUGCUCUGUAUUUUGUUGAAACUUAUAAAAAAGCACAAGACGCAUUUGUUGAAGAGUUGACAAAUACUAAAAUAAUUUUCUCGAAGUUUGGUGAGCACGCGUUAUCUAAGCUUAUAGAAAAUGCCAGGGAGCUAUACAAUACUGAAUUAAACGAGAUAAAAGAUUCUUUUCAGUCGGAAAUAGAAAAAAUAAGGUGCCACUUUUUGGAAGAGAUUGUGGCGUUCCAAAGGAAACGGAAAUUGUUGUUAGAAGAAAAAGAAAAAUACGAUGAGGAAAAUGAAACAUUAUUAAAUACAGGAAAGAAAAUAUCGGAUUGCACAAAUUUGAAGCAUUGUAUGACGCAUAUAACACAACGGCAAGAACAAGAUUCCCAAGAAAACACCAGGAUACAGGGUGUGAUAGAAAAAAGAGGUGAUUUUGCUUCGGAAAUUAAGGGAGACUCUGCUCGAUUCGAUGAAGAUACAAUGGGAGUCCGAUCAGAAAAGGAAUUAUUUGAGUCCGUUGUUACAUACAUGAAGGAAGUUCAACGGAAAGAACUAGAGGCUGUUAAGAGAGAUCUCAAACAACGCGCCGAGGAAGAACUGAAAGCAACUUUGGAUGAGGUUGUGCGGGAUCGACUUCAUCUGGGUUUUGAACCCUUACCUGAAGAGAAGGAUGAGAUAUUUUCUUUUCAUGGGAGUGAAAAGGCUUUACCCGAGAUAAAGACAGAAGAAAAGGAAUCAGAAAAGGAGAGGUUGAGUACUGCUUUAUCAGAUACAAUAAAAAAAGAUGAUCUUACUGAUGUUCUUACGGAAGCGCUUCGUCGACUGUUUGCUGGUUCACCGUUUAUUAUUCCUUCUCCGAAAUCUGGUGAUGCUGCUACUGUUCCCAGCACUGCUAUUUUUGGAGCCGUAAACGGAGCUAAUGGGAAACAAACCUAUAACGCAGAGGGUAUAUCGGUCCCAUGUCGAACUGAGGUAAAUACGCUGGAUGGAUUUCCUGUUUCAUUUCAGGAACAAAAAAUGCUUCUUGCAGGAGAACACCAGCGAGUUGCAGAAGGGAAGAGGUUUGUGGAGAAUCAGCGCUUUGGUUUGGAGGAGCGACGCCAACAGCUUAAAAUGGCGAGACAUCAAUGGAAGCAGGAUGUGAGGACUGCGAAAGAAGAGGGGGUUCGGGCUUCUUCCAAGAGAGGAAAAUUACUCAAUAAAAUUCGCAUUGCAUUGGAGAACCAAGCAAGGGGUCUUGAACGCGAUGAGUCCAUUCUUCGCGAUAGUGAGAGGUGGCUUUUGAUGAAGGAACAAAGUGUGUAUCAAAUGGAGAAGCAUAUCAAGGAAUUAGAAGAAGGAAAAGGACGUGACACAUCCAUAAACAGCAUUGAUACUGUGGGUCUUGUAACCGAUUUUUUUAAACCAACGAUGCCGUCGUCUGGUUUCUAUUCACCGAAUCAUGAUACCAUGCACGGGGUUGUACGCAAAAGGGAUUUGGACCCAAUUUACACCAAAACACUGGAUAAAAUUGCAAGACGUCUAGAGGAAGUUACCUCAAUGAUGAACAUUCAAAAGCAAAAGCGAAGUUCCUCCUUGCCAUAUGAAAACUUGCCCCGAAGAAGGUCUGCACAAAAACCAACCAAGGGAGCUUAG